UUUUUACAAAACCAGACUUCAGUUUCCGAGCUCCUCCGUUAAUUCUCCGCAGACGACAUCAUCUUCUCCAUCUCCAACCUACACUCCUCACCUGUAAUAAUGGCGACUAGGUACUGGGUCGUCUCCCUCCCCGUUCCGACCUCUGCAUCGUCUCUAUGGAGUCGCCUUCAGGAAUCCAUCUCCAAACACUCCUUCGACACUCCUCUCUACAGGUUCAAUACUCCGGAUCUUCGCGUUGGAACUCUCGAUUCUCUUCUGUCUCUCAGUGACGAUCUUCUGAAGUCGAAUAGCUUUGUCGAGGGAGUGACUCACAAGAUACGGCGUCAGAUCGAGGAGUUGGAGAGGGGUUCGGGCGGUGAGAGUAAUGCUUUGACAGUGGAUGGGGUUCCUGUUGAUUCCUACUUGACGAGGUUCGUGUGGGAUGAGGCGAAGUACCCUACAAUGUCUCCUCUCAGGGAGAUUGUGGAUGGCAUUCAUGUACAAGUAGCUAAGAUUGAGGAUGAUCUUAAGGUUCGUGUUGCUGAGUAUAACAAUGUACGCAGUCAGCUUAAUGCCAUAAACAGAAAGCAAACUGGAAGCUUAGCUGUACGUGAUCUGUCCAACUUAGUGAAGCCGGAGGAUAUUAUUACUUCAGAACACUUGGUGACGCUCCUUGCUGUUGUUCCUAAGUAUUCACGGAAGGAUUGGUUAUCAAGCUAUGAAACACUUGCCACCUAUGUGGUCCCCAGGUCAUCCAAGAAGUUGCACGAGGACAAUGAAUAUGCUCUCUAUACUGUAACUAUAUUUGGUCGUGUUGCUGACAAUUUUAAGACUAGCGCACGAGAGAGAGGUUUUCAAAUUCGUGAUUUUGAAUAUAGUCCAGAAACACAAGAGAGUAGGAAGCAGGAGUUGGAAAAACUGAUGCUAGAUCAGGACACGAUUAGAACCUCUCUUUUGCAAUGGUGCUAUACCAGUUAUGGGGAGGUCUUCAGCUCCUGGAUGCACUUUUGUGCUGUACGUGUCUUUGCAGAGAGCAUUCUGAGAUAUGGAUUGCCACCAUCUUUCUUAUCAGUGGUAUUGGCACCUUCUGUUAAAAGCGAAAAGAAAGCACGCUCAAUCCUAGAAGGUCUGUCUGACAGUGCUAACAGCACAUACUGGAAAUCCGAAGAUGAACUUGGAGGUAUGGGCAGCCUAGGAGGUGAUGCUGAUUCUCAUCCUUACGUCUCCUUCACCAUAAAUCUAGUCUGAGCAUAAUCAUUCCCCUGUCACCAUCCAUUUAAAAUCCCAUGUUCGGUUUCAUCAGCCUGCGAUAAUGUCAGAGAUUGGAGUUAUUGUAUAGCAGCCUAAAUUACCUGAUUUUUUUAGCUUAGUUAAUGUUCACUGCUUAUGUGUCUUUCCUUGCAAAAUCUAGUAUUGCUGAUUGAGGCAGAUGCUAUUUGCCUGGAAAAAACUGUAUCAGAAAACUGUACUUCAUUUAUCAACCAUUGAAGGAUUUAAGGUGAAAAUAAUCAUAAUUGUGAAAUUUAAACUACUAUCAAGUUCUGUUGUAAUCUUCAGCAAUAAAAUUUAUGGUGUUGAUGUUGUACAA